AUGCUCAUCGUCAUCGGUGAAGCUGGUACGGUCCGAGUCUUCAGACGUGUCGUGGGUAUUACUCCGAGCGAUUUCAUCACCGGUGGAACCUGGAGGCUGAACUGCGCCGGAGGUCAUGCCAUCCGUCUCGUCCUCUGGCAACAGGUGGGAAGUUGGAGGGGGUUGAACAAGAACCUCGGAAUCAAUUUUGAAGAAGCGUUGGAAAAGAGACGCUGGCGCAGAGAGACUGCCGCCAUGACAGGAGGAUGGAACACGUUACUUUCAGCUAUUACUCAGCCUCUGACUAAUACUGCAAUGAUAUCCUUCCAAGCCAAUGUCGGCCAGCCGCUCAGCCAGCCGCCUGCUCAGCAGCCAGGACAGCCAGGACAACAACAGCAGCAGCAUCAACAACAGCAGCAGCAGCAGCAGCAAUCGCAAGCACAACAACAAUCACAGCAGCAACAACACCCCGCGAUGCGUCUCAGAGACGACCCUCCUCCCAUUACCCGCACUUCCAGAAAGCGCAAGUCUCCUGCUACAGAUCCUCAGCAGCCACAGACCAUACAGCAUGUCCUUCCUCCUCCUCAUGCUCUCAUGCAUCCAUUAUCCGCCCCACUUCCCCCGGGUUAUCCCUAUGGCCCACCUGCCGAUUACACACCCGGCGGCAUGCCCCCCAAUCCUCCCCAUCAGCAUUCUCAAUCACCUCCUCCCGGUUCCGCAAGCGGCCGCGCUCUGAGUUCCAGCAAGCGUGCAGAACAGAAUAGAAAGGCUCAGCGGGCUUUUAGGGAGCGCAGAGAUCAACACGUUAAAGCCCUCGAGUCUCGCUCUCAGCUGUUGGACGCCGCCCUUGCUUCCGCUGAUGAGGCAAAUCGCCGUUGGGAGGAGUGUCGUGCCCUUGUAGACCAGCUCCGCGUUGAAAAUGCCGCUCUUCGUGCCGCCCUCAGCCAAGCACAACUCUUGCCCCAAAACCCUGGCAACUCCGUCCCUCACAAUGCGGAAGUACACGGCGGAAAUCUGACUGCCAUUCCUCCCCAUUCAGUUUUUGACAUACGCACUUUGUCAUCCUGGAAUGUCGUCAAGUUUCCGUCCUUGGAGCCUGCGGAGAGGCUUGCUUUGGGAAUCCCAAGGAAAUUGAAACCAAUUCUGAUCUCCGGUUGUGGUCCAGUUGCAUCUGAAAGCAAAGUGGAUGCAGACCCACAAGACCUCCAAAAGCAACCCCCUGUCUCCCAAUCGAAUCCGAUUCAACAAACGCGAAAACCCGUUCUAGUAGAAAGUGAAAAGCAACUGCACCGUGUAAGUGCACUUAUUUUUGGAGAGAAGUUCUACGCUCAAUUGACGCAUGUCCAAAAGUUGAGAGGCCCACCAAAGGAAAUCAGGCUUAUACUCAACGAUCUCCCUAAUGAACCUCCCUUGUUGCUUGGCGGGACGUCAAAGAGUGGGGCUAGCAAGGGAACCCGAUCGCGCUCUGCUACUCCCAUAAGUAGCUGGAGUCCAACUCCGAAUCCUGUGAACAGUUCACCGGCUCGUCACGAUGAAGAUAACCCUUUGGAGUCAAAGACAUCAGCAACAAGCGGUUUGAUUGACGUCCCAUCUAGCAUCCCUGCGCCCACCCCAGCUCAGCGAGCAAGACCAUCGCCCGCCCCGCAGUCUUCUCCAGUACCCUUUUCAUCACUCCCCGUUGAUGAAAGUUUACUGUCGGCGAGGAACGCAAAUACCCGUGCGUCUCCUUUUUUGCAACGCGAAGUGCAGCGUAGGGUACCGCUGCCAUUGCCCAAGUCUGUCAUUCAUGGAGAUGGACCGCCCCUUGUCCUGGUUCCCAACUCUGAUACUUCAGUGACAGCCUCACAGUCCAUACCCCUUUCGCAAUCGCAAUCACAAUCUCAACCUCAAAAAGGAUCAAAAUACUACCCAGAAGAUGAGGAAGAGCCCGAGAAUCAGCGAACUAAUGAUUUGGCACCAGAGUUGUCCAGUCAGGACGAAGUGUAUGACGGUGACCAAUCAUCUCCAGAGCGAUUCGAUAAACUUAGACUUCAUAAAAAAGUCGCAUUCAAGCGAACUUAUUCCAAGAAAAGUUUGCCGAAACCGGAAAUGAACGAAGAGAAGCAGACAACGCGUGUCGUUAAAGUGUUGGACGAAGAUGAUGCGCAAACGGACUUGCAGCUUUUUGGCUCAAAGGGUCGCGUGGAUCGAGCACGUUGUGAUCCCGUACAACAUGAUGCAAAGGUGUGGGAGGGGCCAAGCUUUCUGCAGACCAACAAAAAUUCAGGAGUGGAUAGCGUUGGCUUGCUGCUUGGGGGAAUAAAUAACAAAGGAAUGCUGGAGGUGGUAGGCAUGGUCUUGGGCAAGAGCGACAUCAGAACUAUGUUCUGCCUUGUCGUAUUUUGCAUUAUAUCUCUUAUCCUUGCAUAUCUAACAAAUCCAUCGGAAAACUCUUUUCGAGCCUAUCUCACUGAACAAUCUUUUCGUCACCAUCUCAGUCGUUUGGACGAUCACGUCGAUGAUGAUCAAGUAGCGCAAGACGACUUCACUACCCGAUCCCCACCCAAGAUGCGCACAACUCCAAGCGGCCAUGCCGCCAACAAAUCUUCAUCUUUUCACUUUGCAAAUCGCGCGUCCGUGUCGCUCCGAACCCCGAAGCACGUUUUCCACAGUUUCGCCGUUUUUACCAUCGCUGCCAUGGUCCCUCUUUCUGAAGCGGGUGCAAGUGAUGAUCGUGAUGGGCGGAUGAUAUCGGAUUCUUGGUAUAUCGGGGCAUUUGGUAAAUGGUGGCGAGGAGGUGUACUGGAAAAUUGGUAUCAGGACGUUAUUGCCCGAUCCAAGGACGAGGAGAGCUGGAGCUCGGGUAUCCUCAGCAUGAAAAGUCUUGAUAUGUUUCAGGACUUUAAUGGAUCUACGUACUCUACAAAGAAUCUUCCUCCUCAUUUGACCAGAGGAUCUCCGCCCAGGCUUAGGAAUCGGGAACGGCCUACGCAAAGGUCGACUGCCACGCCAGCUCGCAGUUCUACUCCACCGCCCCUUCCAAAGACAGCAUCGUUACCUUUGCAUACCACGCGAUUACCGUUAGCGUCAAUCGAACGGUCGUGCGAUUAUCUCGGUCAAGGAACACCCCAUUCUCAUGCUCAGCCAUCUCCAGUCGACUCAAUGCGAAUAGGCCCCUCCCUCCCGUCUCGCUCGUCUUCUGCUGCAUUUGAGCAAUCCCCUGUCAUUGCAGAAGUUCUUCGCCAAAUAUCCAGUGUCAAGUCAUCUGUUUUAGAGCUUCGUUCUCAACUUAGCGAGUGCCAAACUGCUGCUUCCCAGUCUCAUCAUCAUCUUCAAACUGAAGUAGAUGCUUGUCGUGAGAGAAAACGACAGGAAGAUUUGGCUCGACUUGAAAUCAAAUCCCGCACGAAGAGUUUAGACGAUUCGAAACGUAGCGCAGAAUCACUAAAAAGGGAAGCGGAAAAGAAGCUUAGGAUGGUUCAAAGUGUGCAUGACGGUGCGAAUCAGCGCAUGGAUUACCUGGACAAGGAAAUUGGUGACCUUGGUCUUCGUCUUCGAGAGGACCGGGAUUUUCUUCAAACUCACAAGACCACCAUAUCCAACACGGCACUUGAAAUUGCGGAAGCCCUCGAGCAGAAGAGGCAGGAGAUCAAGGUCACUGAAGACGUGGUUUCUGCUCUGAACCAGAGAUCCCGUGAAUUAGAGGAGAAACUUUUGAAGGAGAAAGAGAGAUUGAGGAAUCUAAAGGAAAUGGCCGACUUUCGCAAACAGGACCUCUCGCUUUCGCUUAACACGUCUGACCAACUUUGUUCUGAUCCACGACUUGUGUCCUACCUGCCUGAUCACGAUGCUGUGAAUGGCUCCACUAUGGUUGUCGGACAGUGCCUGUCAACUGGGAAUAUAACGACACCAUCCAGUCCCUGUGACGACAACUGCCUCCAAACGUUCAAUCGCACAUCGCCGCUAUAUUCUCUACAGCGCAGCCCAUUUGCAGACGUCGCCCUCGGACCUAUCAAUCCACAAGGUUUUUUUGCUCCUGCAGACCAGAGCGACAACUCUUCCAGGUCAUUUCAAUCAGACACGGACGCGUUCUUGGAUAGAGAUUGGCGCGGAAACACAUCGUACACGUCGUCCCCGACCUCGAUUGGCAAUCCAUUCGAAAUGCAACGCAGUCCUUGGUUGAAAUCGCUUGAUGACGAAAACCUGGACGACAGGUGUCGACGUUGGCCAUUCAUGGGGAAGGCGAAGAGAGGGUUGAAUCCAGACGCCAAAGAGUUUAGCCUUUCCAGGAAAUCUUCGCCUGGCGUCAUUGGCGGGUCGUCCACUUACGACGCCCUGAAUCCAAAUGGUCUUGGGAUAUCUGCGAUGACGGCAUCCACAAGUAGCUCAUUGUUACGGGCAUUCGCUCCUUUGCCUGAAGAGCGUGAGGCUCUUCAACGGGCGUUGGGCGGAUCCACGAAUACGAGUUUUGAACGUCUGCCUAGCCUGAGUGAUGUGGGAAGCAUUUCCUCUUCCCCGUCUCAUUCACACGCAUUAUUGCCCCAUCCCCCUGCACAGGAGAUGGGAAAGAUGAUUCCGUCGUGGUUACAGGCCCUACCUCGCAUGCGCAAGGUGAAUUUCAGCCCCUGGGACGACGAGGAGCCGAGUGGGCAGUUAGAGAAUAUGUAA